AUGUCUUCUGCUGCCCCCGCUGCAUGGAGACACGCUUCGCGCGUCUGUCAAAGGCGUUUGACAGCCCGCAACCCCUGGACUGGUCCCCGUCAUAUCCUCGCCACCGUCCACGGCGCUCGCUCUUAUGUCACCGAAACCAAGCCCGGUCAAGCCCAGGUCAACGUCGAUGCGGCCAUCAAGGAGGAGCAAAAGUCCUUUAUGAAGCAGGCUGGCAUUGCCCCCCAAAAUGUCGACUUGCCCGGCACCACCACCUCUGCUGAUGCCGCCAUGAGUCCCUCCGCCGGAAUCCUCAAGCAGGCCACCGUGAUGGACCAAGGCACCCGCCCCAUCUACCUCGAUAUGCAAGCAACCACCCCGCUCGACCCCCGUGUUCUGGACGCCAUGCUCCCCUACCUCACCGGUAUCUACGGAAACCCGCACUCGCGCACCCACGCCUACGGAUGGGAGUCGGAGAAGGCUGUCGAGGAGGCUCGCGAGCACCUCGCCAACCUGAUCGGUGCCGAUCCGAAGGAGAUCAUCUUCACGAGUGGUGCGACGGAGAGUAACAACAUGAGCUUGAAGGGUGUGGCUCGCUUCUUUGGCCGUUCCGGCAAGAAGAAGCACCUCAUCACCACCCAGACGGAGCACAAGUGUGUGCUGGACAGCUGCCGACACUUGCAGGAUGAGGGCUUUGAUGUGACCUACCUACCCGUGCAGAGCAAUGGUCUGAUUCGCAUGGAGGAUCUGGAGGCGGCUAUGCGCCCCGAUACUGCCAUCGUCAGUAUCAUGGCCGUCAACAACGAGAUCGGUGUCAUCCAGCCCAUGGAGGAGAUUGGUCGUCUGUGCCGCUCCAAGAAGGUCUUCUUCCACACUGACGCCGCUCAGGCCGUUGGCAAGAUCCCCCUGGAUGUGAACAAGCUGAACAUUGACUUGAUGUCUAUCUCGAGUCACAAGAUCUACGGCCCUAAGGGUAUCGGUGCUUGCUUCGUUCGCCGUCGUCCACGUGUUCGUCUGGACCCCCUCAUCACCGGUGGUGGUCAGGAGAGAGUGGAACUCUGGCCCCCCCAUCUGAUUGUGGGUUUCGGAGAGGCAUGCCGACUCGCCGCGCAAGACAUGGAGUACGACACCAAGCACGUGGAGCGUCUGUCGAAGCGUCUGUCCGAGAGUCUGCUUUCCAUGGAGCACACUACCCUGAACGGUGACCCCAAGGCCCACUACCCCGGCUGUGUGAACAUCUCAUUUGCCUAUAUUGAGGGCGAGUCCCUCCUCAUGGCCCUGAAGGACAUUGCCCUAUCCUCGGGCAGUGCUUGUACCUCUGCGUCGCUCGAGCCCAGCUACGUCCUGCGCGCCCUGGGCAGCAGCGACGAGAGCGCUCACAGCAGUAUCCGUUUCGGUAUCGGUCGUUUCACCAGUGAUGCAGAGAUCGAUUACGUGCUCAAGGCCGUCACGGAGCGCGUGCAGUUCCUGCGUGAACUGAGCCCGCUGUGGGAGUUGGUGCAGGAGGGCAUCGAUCUGAACACGAUUGAGUGGAGCCAACACUGA